AUGACCGCCGCUCCCGCCAUACCCGCCCUGCGCGGAUUCCUAACGCCACCGACGGACGAGGAGACGCUCACCAUGUUUGUGCCCACAGACGCCAAGGAGGUCGAGAUUGAAGCACACAUCAAGGACCACUGGCUGUCGCGGCAGAUGCGGGAAAAGGAGGGCUUCACCGAGCUGCGGCCGCACAUGAAGAUACCCGAGCCGUUCCGGGCCAACAACCUGACGGCGGGCGUCCUGAGGGGACCCGGCAGGGUGCCUGUGCCGCCCGUGGCCUGGGUCGAGGCGGGCGGCAAGAGCCUCGUCAGCAUCACGUACCUGGGCGAGGAGCUCUGCGGCCACCCGGGCAUCGUGCACGGCGGGUUCCUGGCCACCAUGCUCGACGAGGGCAUGGCCCGCUGCUCCUUUGGCGCCCUGCCGCACAAUGUCGGCAUGACGGCCAACCUCAACAUCAACUACCGCGCCCCCGCCAUGGCCAACAACUAUGUCGUGCUCCGCGCCGAGACGAUCAGGGUCGAGGGCAGAAAGGCCGAGGUCACGGGGCGCAUCGAAACCCUACCCGAAAAGGAGGGCGACGCCCCCGUGGUGCUGGCAGAGGCCACGGGAAUCUUUGUCUCGCCGAAACAAGCCGCCAUGAUGAAGAAUGUCUUUCCCGUACAAUGA